AGACACUUCUCUUCGUCUUCAGCGUUCCACGAAGCGGAUGCCGCCGCCAUCAGCUCCGCUGGUGUUGACCUACUUUGACGACAACAAGGGACGGAACGAGCUCGUGCGACUGAUCUUCGUGGUUGGUGAGGUCCCCUUCGUCGACGAGCUCAUUGGCUUCAGCGAAUAUGUGCGACGUAGAGAUGCCAAGCAGUUGCCCUUUGAUCAAAUUCCCACCCUCCGAGUGGGAGAUACGGUCUUGGGUCAAUCCUGUGCCAUCGCGCGCUACGCAGCGAAGCUGGCGAAGCUCUACCCGGAGGAUGCCUUGAGCGCCUGCAAGGCAGAUGCAGUGGUGGAUGCCUGGCGAGAUCAAUUGGACCUGCUCUACGACACGUUCUCCGGCUUCAGUCGUCCUGCCGGAGGAAUCACCAUCGUUCUUCGAGCGCACGGUGAUCGCUGAGAAGCUCCAGAUGUUUCCACGACAGCAGGUGGAACGUGCGCAGCGGGUGGGCAACUACUUCGAGAGCUCCUUCAAGCCGUGGAUGCGGCAGAUGGAGAAGUUGUUGGAUGGUCGUCGCAUCGCAGCUUCGCUGAGCUUUGCCGAGCUGGCGAUCUUCGAUUUGGUCUCCACCUUGGAGGGCUUCGUGGAGCCCGAAGCGUUCAAGCAGGUCAUGGACCUUCACCCUGAAGUCCGUGGAUUGGUGCAGGAGAUCGGUGCCUUGCCGAGCGUGCAGCAGCACCUGGUGCAGCAUCCCUACCAGUCGCUUCGUGAGCUCAUGUCCACGCCGAGCAACUGCAAACGACACCUGGAGUCGCUGCUCUUCCCGUGCCUCAAAGCUGCCAUGGCCAGUUGGCUCGGCCUCAAGCGCUGCUGUUCGGGCGACAGAUGAACCACCGAGGGACUCCACGGCGAUCCAGCAGGUCGAUGUGCACGACACCGACAGCUGCGGUGCAGAGGGGCCAGCGGUCCGCAUCGCUCGUCCUCACCGGGUGAGGGAGAGCUCGGGGUGAUGAUGGUGAUGGCCACAACGUGGUGUUCAUGCUGAAGUUGCAAAGGAAAGCUUUCACACCAACGUCACAGAGCUCGUCACAGACGAGCUCGGGAGUGGAUGUGAGUGGAUGUUUUGUUUAGUCCGUUGAGUCCCAUCCAGGGGCCGUGGAUGUGACAGGGGCACCCAACUCCUUCCUCGAUGUAUAGCACCCUGUCCUCCAUGGAGCUGCUGGACUGGAAAGUGUCGGAUCCACUUUGCGUGAGGCGAUGAGUCUACUCUAGACGGCACCCUCUCAAAGAGAGAGAGAGAGAGAUUGGGUCCGUCAUUGGAUGCACGUCCCGGCAAAUGACCGGAAGCGAUGAAAGCAUCGAAUCUCUGCCUUUCAUUGCAGGGAGCGACGUGUUGAGCGGCUCGCCUGGG